AUGGAUGCACUUCCAUCAGGAAUUAUGAAACGCCUUCAGGAAACCGUGAAGCUAAUGAUGGAAGCAGGGUUUGAGGAGGAAUGCAGCGACGUUUACAGCAAAUGGCGAAGGGAGUUUGUAGAACAGUGUCAUUGGGCACUUGGGUUGCAAUUUCAAGAGCCCAACAUGGAAGACGUUGAGAAAUGGAUAAAAAUGUGCGAGGUAGCUGGGAAGAUACUGUUUCCCAUUGAAAGGAGACUCUGCGAUUACCUCUUCUCGGGGUUCCCUCUCGCUGCUGAUGCCUACCUCCCGAAGGUUUGCAAGCAGUUGACGAUUGGUCUACUGAGUUUUGUGGAUACCGCCAUAACAGCUCGGAGUUAUUUGCCAAAUUUUUUGUUCAACAUCGUCCCAAAAAUGUACGAGUCAUUGACCGCGAUGUCAAAGGAGUGCAUCUCACUGAAUUUGUUUGAGCUGUCGAUUCUAGAUUAUUUUCGAGACGUUUUGGAAAGAUUGGAUAUUUUAAACAACUUUGCGAAUCUUUUUCACCGUAAUAAUGCGCGGGCACAUGUUGCCGAUGGAGGGCUUCAUCUGAUUACCAAGCAAGUAAUGAACUACAUCCUUAUGAUUUGGGAAGACAAAAUAUGGAGGGCUCCCCAAUCUUACCGCAUCGUCUCUGGUAGAGAGAAGUCUUCACUUUGGAUGCUGACAGCGCGGACGAUUGGGUUUUUGGAGAGCGAGUUGGAAGCCAAGUCUAGAGACUACUACGCGGACCCUGCAUUGGGGUACCUUUUUAUGAUAAAAAAUCUCAGCUACAUAGGAGAAAAGGCCAAAUAUUUGAAAUUAAAUGUUGACAGAAUCAUAUUGGACGAUGAUUGGUUCCAACAAAACACGGCAAAGGUAGAAGAAUACUUCAGCCUGUAUCUAGAAAGCUCGUGGAAUAAGAUGCUGGACUUUCUGAAGCUUGAGACAAAUGAGUCCGUGGCACCUGGUGUGGUAGAGAAGUUAAUGAAAGAUAGGCUCCAUUUUUUCAACCUACAUUUUGAUGAGACAUGCAACGUUCAAUCUACAUGGAUUGUCUCUGAUAAGACACUAAGGGAACGAAUGAUAAAAUCCAUUCACACCAUCUUGUUGCCAGAAUAUGGAAGAUUUUAUGACAGAUUUCUACAUGUUUUUGGUGAUCGUGCUUGUAACUAUGUUCUGUUCCGAGCUGAUGAGAUUGAAAAUCAUAAAGACAAGAACCAGAUUCCAACGAAGCAAGUACCGGAUGUUGACGUCAACUUGGUGAUGGAUGCACUUCCAUCAGGAAUUAUGAAACGCCUUCAGGAAACCGUGAAGCUAAUGAUGGAAGCAGGGUUUGAGGAAGAAUGCAGCGACAUUUACUGCAAAUGGCGAAGGGAGUUUGUAGAACAGUGUCAUUGGGCACUUGGGUUGCAAUUUCAAGAGCCCAACAUGGAAGACGUUGAGAAGUGGAUAAAGACGUGCGAGGUAGCUGGGAAGAUACUGUUUCCCAUUGAAAGGAGACUCUGCGAUUACCUCUUCUCGGGGUUCCCUCUCGCUGCUGAUGCCUCCUCCAUGAAGGUUUGCAAGGAGUUGACGAUUUGCCUACUGAGUUUUGCUGAUACCGCCAUAGCAGCUUGGUUGCCGAAUCUUUUGCUCGAAGUCGUCCCUAAAAUGUACGCGUCAUUGAGGACGCUGAAAUGGGAUUUGAUGUCGCUGAAUUUGUUAGGCAACAGUGUUUUGCUCCUAGAUUGUUUUGAAGACGUUACGGAAAGAUUGGUUAUUUUAAAGAAUGUAACAAAUUUUUUUCACCGUAAUAAUGAGCAGGCACAUGUUGCCUAUGGAGGGCUUCAUCUGGUUACCAAGCAAUUAAUGAACUACAUUUGUCAAGGUAUGAUAAAGUCCGCUUCCGGAGCUUCCGGCAUCGUUCCUCAUAGAGAGGUAAAGUCUUCAUAUUGGGUGCUGCCAGCAAGGAUGAUUGAGUUGUUUGAAAGCGCCUUGGAAGCCAAGUCUAGAGACUACUACACUGACCCUGCAAUGGGCUAUGUCUUUAUGAUGGAUAAUCUCAGCUACAUAGGAGAAAAGGCGAAAUAUGUGAAACCAUAUAAGGACGGAAUCAUAUUCGACGAUGGUUGGUUCCAACAAAACACAGCAAAAGUGGAAGAAUACUUUAACCUGUAUCUUAAAAGCUCGUGGAAAAAGAUACUGGACUUUCUGAAGCUUGAGACAAAUGAGUCGGUGGCACCUGGCGUGGUAGAGAAGCUUGAGACAAAAGAUAAGCUCCGUUUGUUCAACCUUCACUUCGAAGAGACAUGCAACCUUCAAUCUACAUGGAUUGUCUCUGAUAAGAGACUAAGGGAAUGGAUGAUAAAAUCCGUUCACAGCAUCUUGUUGCCAGAAUAUGGAAGAUUUUAUGACAGGUUUCUACGUGAUUUUGGUGAGUGUGCUUCUAACUAUAUUCUGUUUGGAAUUGAGGAGAUUCAAAAUUGUCUCAGUAAUUUGUUUCUUCUAGAUGAGUAG